AUGCCGGGUGUGGUGCUGAUUCCGCGUGGACCUGGCCCUGUAAAUGCUUUGGGCUUCACUGUGCUGCGGGCGCGGGUCCGCUCGCCCUCACGCCGAGCCAGGGAGUCUGAGAAUGGUGAAAGUGCAGACGAGAGACGGCCGAAACGGCGAAGACACAACAAGCCCCACAAGGAAGGUGGCACAGAACGAGUCCGCAAGCGGGUUCGCCAACCGAGCAGUGAGGCUAGUGAGGAGCACCCGCACAUGUCGCCCCGCUCUCGCUCGCGCAGCGUUGCAGACACGGCGGGGACGGAAGAGGACCACCAGGAAGCACACAGGCCUCUUCGGCGAAGACGUCGCAAGGUGCCGAAGAAGCGCCGUGGGGCUUUGCGGCAAAGCGCCCUGCGUCCUCGUCUGCAUGUCUCUGCACGUGUUCGUGGGUUGCAGGAGGAUUAUGACUCGGAGCUUCUGAGCAAGCGCUUCCUCACCAGGCAAACGAAGGACAGGCCAAACAGUCCCAAAGCGCAGGUUCCGGAUCCACUGCCAGAGAGCGCUUGUGCUGAAGAGCCAAGGCCUGUCGCUGAGCAAGUCGCAGAGCAGCCGGAGGCUGACCUGAAGCAGGCGAUCUCUGGGGGCGCCCACGAGGGUGCCGAUUUGCUCCCGGAGACCGGUUGGUCAGCAAGCCAUGGUUAUGAAAUGGCGGAGUAUUUCGAGUCGGCAGCGCUGCCGACAUCUGUACCCGUGCUGGAAGCCGCAAGCACUACAGUUGGUGCUGUAGCUACGACGGCUCUGCAUGUGGAGGAACCAUUGCAGACAGAUGCCCCAAAGGUUUCUGCAGCAUCCAGACGCUUUCGGCGGCCCCGCUGGUGGCGGCCCCAACGGGCAGUGGUGCCCGCAGCCAUACUCCAGCUUCAGGAGCUCUGCAGCGAAAUGAAGGCGGAACGCCGAGCGCUCUGCAAGGCUUCACGUGCCGAGAAGGAUGGUCGUGGUGCUGCGGCAGAGCUGCGACAGUUGUUGCAGAAGUGCGGGCGCGACCUGGAGACACGCUUCGACUCACUGGCAGCACGUUUCAAUGCGAAUUGUCAGGAGCGGAAGGUAUUGACAAUGCAACAUCAAGAGCUUCAGCUGGCUUACGCGAAGCUUCUCGCCGGGCCGGAUUGGAAGCCUCGAAGGGGUGCCCUGAGGCCACCGUCGACCGUGCACUCCCAAAGUUGGGGUGCAGGUGAGGACUCGAACCCCGAGUCAGACGACGACGUCAUCGUUCAGGAGGCACCGAGGGAGGCGACGAUGGACGCAUCCGAGCAGAUGCCAAAGCAGGUUCCCUCGCAGACUCGCUCUUUGAGUGAGGAGCGAGAGCAGGAGGAGCGCGCGGAGAUCUUGGCACGAGCGUCCGGCAUUGUGAUUUGGUAG